ACCACAUCCAUUUGUUUCUCUGCCUCUCCUGGCAUGCCCGUCCGCUUGACAUGAAUCGCGCGUUUCGAAUUUCACAACAACGCGAAUUCGUAUCCUCCCUCUUUGGCUUCACCUUCCUUGCCGCCAUCGUCACCGUAUCAGCGUCUAAUAUCUUACCGUGCCCUGUGCGGCCUCAGAAGGCAAGAUUUUCGGAUGACGAGGAGAAGGACGGUGGCCAGCUGGAGGGUGUGAAUCGGGUCACUGUUGCGAAACGACCAGCAAGGCGGUGGAUAGAGGAAGUGCAUCCUCCCCCAAAACCUCAAUCAUGAGGCUAGUCCGACCGUGAUAUGGACUACUGUACGGCCCCGGUCUUCGCGGCGGCGCUCAAUCGGACCGAGUCUACCGUAGAAUAAACGACGGAGAGCAUAACCCAGGAGUGAAGACUAAAUAAUCUAUCCUUACGGAAUCCCAGGCAGUUUCGUUGAUAUAGACGCCCUCAUCCAUCACCCUCUGAACUGAAUAAGCAAUUACUCUGAUUCUGGAUCUUGCUAGCGGCUCUCGGAACGUUCUUCCUGCUCUCGUCGCGCUCCGCUAUGAAAGGGCCCGUAGUGAUCAGUGCAGAGGUUAAACGUUAAACUCCGACAAGGCAGCUUACGGCAAGGGACUUUCUUGGAUCGGGAUCGACGACAGAAGAGCCAAAAAGGACAUUGCCGCCUGGAAUAUGAAGACGACGCGAAGUGCGUCAGCGUAUGAAUCAACCGCUGCUUUUCGUGUGACGGGGUCCAGAUGACCAAUGCUAUCCGUCGCAUGUCUGGAGGCGAAUGAAUCGGGGGCGAACCCGUAAGCAAGUUACACUCACUGGAUUUGAUGUAUCAGCUGGGAUGACAACAAUGAAUAUCAGAAACAAGUGUUGGAUGGAGAUGACAAGAGCCGACCUCUGCGGAGCCUGGGCCCUGGAUGCGCUCCCGGAGUUUCUGGACCAAGACAGCUUGCAGGAUUGCCCCACUGAGACUGACCCCAAGGACCUGACCGGUCGUGCGGAAAAGAUAGGUAACUGGAAAAUCAAUCAGGUCGGGAUCACAGCGUGGAUUUGCGCAUUCACUGCCGGUGGCGACGGCCAUUUCCUCUCGUAUCACGCCCGCAAUCAUGGCCUGAAUAGCUCAGUCACAAGGGGAGCUGGGGGAGAUGGGCGAGCAGACUUGCGAUCAGAGUGGUGGUGAUGAAACUUGCCAUCCCGAAGCCGUGGGGAACGAUAUCGAGCCAAAGAUGCCACUGAGAUGUCUUUUCGUCCCAAAGUAUCACAAGGAUGUUGGCGAAAAUGCUGGCGGCCGAUGCCACGAGCGUGAGUACGUACAACUUGCCUGUCCGACGCAUUGCCCUGUAACGUGUGGGUGCGGUGAUCGAGACUCGGAGUUCCAAUUGGACUGACCAUCCGGCAAAGACGCUGCCAAAGGAAAUAGCUAUCUGGGCGAAAUCUCGGCUGAGGAUGUCCAACUCCGCAAGACAAGGCCGAGUGCUCACUGAAUGGGGUAACAAGUGGGAUCCUUAUCGAAUGAGGUGUGGGAUCAGCGCUCUGCCGCGACAUAACGGAGAACAAUCUCACCCGUAUUGGCCGCCGAAUACAGUCGCACAGCCGAGAAGUACUAGCACGCGGUUGGUCCUGUAACCGGCCAUCGGGAAUUCAAAAACUGACCAGCGGGACAUUGUAUAUCUGGAGAAUCGAUGGGGAAGAUUGAACGGGGCCGGGAGCCGGAAACGCACCAUCGAGAAUGCAGCCAUACUGGCAAACAGAUUGGCGACAGAUACCGCCAGAGGCGUUCUCCGGGUGAUGAGACCAAGUGGCAUCACCGGGAAAGGCGCCCAGUAUUUCUCCACCAACACAAAAGACACGCAACAUACUGCAGAAGCCGAGAACAAAGAUACGAUCGAAGGGUGUGACCACGGGAUCUCUUCGGUGGUCUUGAGACUGAAUCCGAGAAGAAGCGUGCCCACAGUUCCGACUAAGGUGGCAGAUCCCAGUGCGUCAACGCGACGCAAUUUCUCGUGUAGCGACUGUGAUUCGACUUCGGAGGGAAGCCUGAUGUUUACCUUCCAAGCCACUAGUACCGCACUGACAAUGAGCAAUGGGGCUUGAAAUAAGAAAGCCGAUCGCCUGGCAAAUGAGACACACCAACAACGAUCACAGCGGAAACUCACCAUCCAAACUUGUCAUUGACCCAGCCACCCAAAGGUCCGCCGAUCCCUGCCCCCAGACCGUACAAACUGCGGAGCCGUUAGACGAUGUGAACCCACCACGAGCGCGACAUGAUUACAUAUUCGCCAUUCCUUGGUAUAAUCCUCGGUGGUUCCUGCGGAUCUCUAAGGGCCGACAACCGAAUGCAAGAGGAAAACGCACAACGGUAUGAAAUCUGUGACAAUAAUGGUUGCAACUGUGCGACAUAUGAGCUUGGCGGGAUUUCACGGGGGCGGAAAUAUAUGCACCGGUCAUUACUCUGCACCGAGCGUGUCAUUUUCAGGGCGAUUGAUGUCGAAACACGGGCUCACCCUCCACCGCCCAUUCCAGCCAGCGUUCUCGCCAUGAUCAGAGUUUUCAUAGAAGGACAAAAUCCGCAAAGAAGGGUUCCAGUGCCUACAGAAAGCUGAUCGGGCUGCCCGUGAAAGAUGAUCUGCCCGCACCGAAAAGGAACAAGGCAGUAAGCAUAGCGCCCUUGCGGCCCAGGAUAUCCGACAUACGGCCUGCAGAUCGCGAGGUGUGAAACAGCACAACGAUAAGAGGUAGGAAGUCCCGAUGUAGGACGCUUGAUUGGACUUGUUAAAGUCGCUGCCGAUGGGCGUCAGGAGCGUGGCGACGACAGUCCCUGGACGGCAUCAAACAUCUCGUCUCCACUGAAGGAGCAGACAAACCAUCUGCGCAAGAAUAGCCAUGACAUCAGCGCGCUGAAGCGUGAUCGCGUCACUUACCAAGAGCCCCGAGGAACACCGCCGACCAAAGUCCAGCUAGAAUCCAAACAGUGUCGGACUUGCUGAAUUUGUUCAAUAGAGGGGGCGGAGAGUCUUGCUCGGAGACGGGUCCAUCGUCGACGCUGUGAUACGAGGGCGGGGGUUUGGAGAGGAGGCGCUGUGACUCUGGAGCCGAUGAAGAGGAGGAGGAGACAGCGUCUGGCAUCGGGGGGAUGCGUUGAAACCGGUCAAGGCCGUUGUUCUUUAUAGUCCGGUUACGCGCCUGGGAGGGCAAUAAAUUCCUGGGAUCCGUAACAAAUCAAGCGGUGGUAUUUCUUGAGCCAGGAAGAGGCGAGAUUGGGAAUCUAAUUCCUGGCACAUCCGUGCGCAUUUGAGGCACGGGCACAUGUUAGAGCGAUUUGACGAGGGACGUAGAAAUCGUAAUUUCCGUCAUCAGCGGUGUGUUGGCCGGCUAACGGUGAUCCAACAUCUUCGGUCCGAAACUCGGUUCGCUCCAGUCUCUGCGCAAAACAUCUUCCAAGGAACACCGUCGAUAUCAGUCACUGCGUCAGGGCUCGAGGGGAAUGGAGAUUGACGACACGAUCCACCAUAGUCGGGCCACCAAGAAAACGAGAUCUCCGCAUCACCGGCCCCGGGGGCAGUCCAGGCGUCACGGACUGGCCAAGUGCGUAGACGCGGAGGCGCCCCCGAGGAUUACAUCCUUCUCUUGCGACCGUCUGACGAAUCCGUAUUGUAAGUCCCGCGACCACGUUUUGUUCCGGCGAUUUUCCUCGGGAGGACACGUCAACGAAGUCGACGCAUAGAAGCAGAGGAUAUGAGAGGCAUGAGUUGGUGCUGCUCGAUGUUUGCCUUGGCGUCUGAAGGCUUGCCAUCCAAGUGCGACGUGCUUGGACUACGGGCUUGAUCGUUCGCUCUCCGGGCCCUAUGAGAACGGACGAAAAUCCGUGGGAAGCUGUCGGACCGUGAACGGCCGAAGAUGGCCGAAGUGAGAUGGUGAUCCUCGAAGACCUGGCAUAUCCUUCAGGUGUCCACUAUUCUCCAUGGUCCCACCUCAACCUUUCGCGUACAUUACCUGCGCUGCAGUGCCUACAGGCCGUCGUUCCCUUCAGUUUUAGGAGCAGCACACUAUUCACAUUGUCCCGUUCGAGACCGCUUACUACACUAUUGUGUCCGAAGCAUUCGGUAAUGUUGGACAUCGAGAGACUCUCAGAACGCGAACCCAUUUGGUCGAAGGUGGCGGGGAGGCCCGGAACCGCGCGUGGCUGGGGUUCUCUCCUGCAUUUAAGCUGUAAUUAUUGAGCUGUUCAAGCGAAGUAGAUCAUGUAGUCCACAUAGUGAAAUCUGAAAUCACGGUUUCCUUCUGACAAACCGUACCCCACCUUCGACUGGUCCAUCUUUGGGCUGUUGCUCCCAACCCCCACAACCUCAUAACGAUGCCUUCAACAAGCCAAGUUGAAGUAGCUCCAUCCACUGCUCGAACCUCCAAUCCCCCAGGGUGGAAGAAUGUCUUCCGGUUCGCAAAUUCAUCAUCUCGCAAAGUGUCCGGGAACACUCCCCAACUUUCGCUCGAUACUCACUCCCUUGCCACAUCCCCUGCUUCCGGCAGAGGGAGGACGCCGCUCACAUCGACCGCCUCGCUAACGCCCGCCUCCUUUCUGUCCGAGGACCGUUCAUCGUCCAAUUCCUCCACCACCCAAUCCACGGACUCUCAACGCGCCAACGGUCUCGUCGCAAGUCCGACUCGCAUGACCCCGCGUCAUCAGAAAUCUGCAGAUGCCCUCUCCGUCGCAGCCUCCUCCAAACACCGCGCGCGUUCAAAGCCCGAAAAACAUCCUCUCUCCCCCACCAACAAUACUUCCGAGAUGCUCAGUCCUGCGGCCGCUGGACCUUCCCAGGCCGACUUCCCCAUGUCACAUUCGCAGUUUUCAUCACGACCCGGGCCUCUAUCACCCAAGGCCAUGGGCGCCUCCGCAUCUCGGUUCAUACGACGCGUUGCUUCAGCGCCCAAUGCCAAGGGGCUCUUCACAAGCUCCCGUUCAUCAACGAAGAACGGCAUGCUUGCACCUGCCGAUGCCGUGCCACCAUUACCCACGACUCUCAAUACUUCAAUGGAGCAUGGAACCGACUCCUUGGAGACGAUCUCAUCGGGAUCGUCUCGAGGACGUCCCGCCCGCAGCCACAGCGGGAACAUGUUGGCCGCGCCAAGCUCGGUCGCGAUUCCCGACGGUGCCGGCAAGGCCGCCUUUCGACGAACGUACUCCAGCAACUCGAUCAAAGUUCGGCAGGUUGAAGUGGGCCCAUCGAGCUUUGUUAAGGUCAAAAUGUUGGGCAAAGGCGAUGUGGGCAAGGUGUAUCUUGUUAAGGAGAAGAAGACAGACAAGCUUUUUGCGAUGAAAGUUCUAUCGAAGAAGGAGAUGAUUGAACGCAAAAAGAUUAAACGCGCUUUGACGGAGCAAGAGAUCCUCGCAACAUCUAACCAUCCGUUCAUCGUAACGCUAUACCAUUCGUUCCAGUCCGAGGGCUAUCUCUUCUUCUGCAUGGAAUAUUGCAUGGGCGGAGAGUUCUUUCGGGCACUGCAGACACGACCGGGCAAGUGUCUGCCGGAGGACGCGUCAAGGUUCUAUGCGGCCGAGGUCGUAGCGGCGUUGGAGUAUCUGCAUCUCAUGGGAUUUAUUUAUCGGGAUUUGAAACCAGAAAACAUUCUUCUUCAUCAAUCGGGCCAUAUAAUGCUCUCAGACUUCGAUCUUGCAAAACAGUCAACGGAUCCAGGGGGAAUGCCAGUGAUGAUUCAGUCAGAGAUGAAUGGGGUCCCACUUGUGGAUACUAUGUCGUGCACAGCCAACUUUCGAACGAAUUCGUUUGUUGGAACGGAAGAGUACAUUGCGCCUGAGGUGAUCGCAGCCCAAGGACAUACGGCCGCGGUGGACUGGUGGACGCUGGGGAUUCUUAUUUAUGAAAUGCUCUAUGCCACGACCCCAUUCAAGGGCUCCGAACGAAACGACACAUUUGCUAACAUCCGUGACCAUCCGGUACAUUUCAAGGAUUCGCCCAAGGUGUCGCAGGCCGGCAAAGACUGCAUCGUCCGUCUGCUCGACAAAAAGGAGCGCACUCGUCUCGGUAGCAAGAGCGGCGCUAGUGAGGUGAAGCAGCACAAAUGGUUUGCAAAGACCAACUGGGGUCUCCUCCGCAACACACGACCGCCAAUCACUCCGACUCUGGCCAAUGGGCAGGACGCGGUCAAUUUCCGGCACAUGAAAGAGUCACACUCUCUGCAGUUGGAUGGAGAACACAUAGAAGAGGGUGCCGACUUGUUUGGCGGGUUUUCAAGUGUUACGUUGCAUUACGAUGGGGAUUAGAGAGCUUUCUAAUACUUUUUUAUCUGCUGGUCUCGGCCUGUCUUUGGUUUGUCCGACAUCAGAACCAGCUCAGUUUCUUCUCGAACCGAUCUGAUGAUCUCAGAUCCCGUUUCGUAGUCCUCGGCGUACCACGGUCACUCGUGUCACAGCCGGUGACAACGAAGACCCAUAAACGCACCGACUUGUAUCUCAUCCCAUUCCUCUGCUUGUCCCCUAUGGCUGACCUCUAUCCGCCCUCGUAUCCAUCCCGCUCCUUCCACCGCCAGGAUUCCUACUCCUAUCCCCACCAUGACAAUGGCAGCGCAGAAGACCUCCGCGACCAGUCUCCCCCGAGUCCCUCCAAGCAGUCCGAGUCGCCUCAGCAAACUCCGGCGCAGCAAAAAUCGGAAGCAAAGCCACAGGCAACAUUCCUGACAAAACUAUACGCGCUUCUCGAGCGGCCAGAGAACCACCACAUGAUUCGAUGGGAUCCGCAAGGCGAGCAUAUCGUCGUCGAACGCCCUGAGCAGCUUGCAUUGCACGUUCUCCCAAGUAUCUAUCGCCAGUCCCGCUUCGCCAGCUUCUCUCGGCAACUAAAUAUCUAUGGCUUCAUGCGAAAAGUGAAUCUGCGCAAUGUCGAUCCUGCAAUAGACGACCCGGACGCCAGUACCUGGUCACAUCCAACUCUCAAUCGGCAUUCUCCUCCCGAAGUCGUGGCCAAUUUCAAGCGCCGCGUGCCCCCGCGCCUCCCAAAACCUAGAAAGCGCGACACUCAGGAAUCAUCACCCCAAAUUCCCCCUCCUCGUUCUGCCAUUGGCAUGGGCCCGGUGCCCUUGACGGUCCCAUCCUCUGUCGGCCCCUCUGCGCACAAGUCAGGCCACAUCGGCAGGGCCCGUGGAUUCUCUGCGCCGGGCUCAUUCCCUCCUAUCAUUCAAAAUUCUUCUGGCUGGAACGGCAGCUAUACGCGUGCUGCUCUGCCGCCAUUGACGGUUCCAUCCGAUCCUCCUCAUAUCCCCAAUGGACCUGGGAUGUACAGUCACCACCAUUCGCCGCACCCUCUGCAUCCGCUGACCCCCGGAGACGAGUCCCCGACGUCACCUGCGUUCAAUUCAUACUCAGGAUCUUCGCACUACCCUUAUCCGACGGAGCAAGGCCAUUGGUCGUCGCAAAGCAGUUCUGGGUACACCAGUCACAAUGGCAGUCUGUCGGCUCUUCUGAACCCAAGCAACGGCGGUUACCAACGCCCAACUCCGACCAUCAAUACUUCGUAUCCAGCCCCGUUCUCCAAUAUGCCCAUGGAGCACAGCUCAUCGUCCAUGUCUCCCGACAGUCGGCCAACGACAGGGUACUCGAUGUCGUCAGUUUCGUCACUCCCGUACGCAGAUGACUAUUCUCGGCCGAGUUCGAGCCACCAUCGGCCGAUUUCGCCACCAAGACCACACUCGUCCAAAUCGUAUUCUUCAGGGAAUGGGCUGGGCAUCGUGAGACGGCCGCGACGUCACAGCCAAGCCAUGAGCCCGUACCCAAGCCCAUACGAGCCAUCUGAGCACCAGCGGCCAUCGACUUCUCCGCAACCGAUGGAUGACGGGCACAGCGCUGUGCCGAGGGUGCGCAGCAUGAUCCAGCUGCCAUCGGUGGAUCCUUACAGCUUCACUCCGAGUCAGGCUGAGUUUGCGUACAACCCGGUGGAAAGCAAUGAUUCGAUCGGGGACAGCUGGAGCGCGAGAAGCGGGCGGCCGUCGACCGCGGCGUCGUCGAUAUCUGCGGCGUCGCACACGUCGUCCUCGCAGGCCAACACGCCCCCUGUGCAGGAGGGAUUCCACGGGGAAACGGACAUCAAUAGAUUAUCGUUGGACCAUCCCCCACACGCGGUUUACUGAUUUGCUCUUCCGCGUCGGCAGUCUCGCCCGACUUUGGAUAUGUUGCCAUGAACGAACAUCCCGGAUUGCCGCAACAACACUUUGCCAAGUCGCCGGCCGUCGUUUAGAUUGGAGAUGGAGGCGGACGUUUUUCCCUUUCUUGCUGCAUCCACACACUCCCUUUUUGCUGUGAUGAACCGUGUACGAUCACCCUGUCUUGGAACUCCCUGCUGCUGCUGUGUGGACUGACAUACCAUCUUGCUCUGUGUAUUUGGAUAUACCACCACUAUCAUUUGUGCUUUACAUGUAUCUCUCUGCAAUCGAUCUCCCCAGAUACCAUCCGCCUCCUCCGGCCCGGUCCGGCAGUAAACGGGAAAAGGAAAUUUCCCUAUCCAACGACGGCGUGGAACGUUUGAUGCUGGAUUGAUGGCGAUCGAGGCAGUGGCACGCGUGGCCUGUCCAGGCGAUUGACAUGUCCCGAUCUCCUUCCUCGUGGG